AUGCCUGUUUCUGCAGAGCCUUCGUCUUCUUCGACGACAACAAUCGGUCAGCAAAUCAGACAAAGACCCAGGAAUCUCCCACCAUUUGCCUCCGCCGACGACAACAACCCCCUGAUUCCAAAACCUAGCCGCAUCUCUAAAUCCGCCAUGUCUUCCUUCUUCCUCCUACCAUCAUCAUCAUCAUCGUCAAAUGAAACCACAAGGAAGAAACCCAACGUCUUCUCCCUCGGCUGCACAGCCUCCGCGUCUCAGCAGGUUUCCGUCCCGGCGGUGAUUCGCUCCUCCGCCGAUUGGGAUGCCGGAAAUUCCAAAACCAAGAAGACGAAGAAGGCGAAGAGCAAGAGCAAAGUUAGUAAUAGCUACAAUGGCGGUUCGAUUAAGAUCUUGAGCGAGGCUGAUAGAAGCGUCGGAGCUUGCGCUGCGAUUCCCGAUGUUUGGUGCGGUCCCGGAGUUGGGUUUUCGACGGAUGCGGUCAUCGGCGGCGGCUCGAUUGACAACCCCGUUGAGUCGGAUCCUCCGAGAAGGAAUAUUCCGGCGAGACGCAAAAUCGAUGGAGAUAAGAACAAUAGUAACAACUCUAAUCAGAGAGAGGGCUCUACUGUUCUUCCCAGGCGAUCUCUGAAUCAAGAAUCAAAUCCUUACUUCGAGUCUGAUUCGCGGGCUGAACAGACGCUGUUCUCUGAAAGAUACCAUCGACAUCUACGACAGCAACCUUACCCUGAUGGACUCUCCGAGAUGAUGAUGCUACAGAAUGGUUUUGUAAUGGGAGGGAUGUUUAGCUCCUACGAUCAAUUCCGUGACUUGAGGCUCAAUGUUGAUAACAUGACAUAUGAGCAACUUUUGGAGCUUGGUGAUAGAAUUGGGUAUGUCAACACUGGAUUGAAAGAAGAUCAGAUCAAAAUCUGUCUCCGGAGAAUGAAACCAUUCACUAAAAACACACCACUUGGAGAUAGAAAGUGCGUCAUCUGUCAAGAAGAAUAUGAGGCAAAGGAUCAGGUUGGGAAAUUAAAAUGUGGGCACAGGUUCCAUAUCCACUGUGUGAAACAAUGGCUGUUGAGGAAGAACUCUUGUCCGGUCUGUAAAACGAUGCCGUUCUCUAAGGCUUAG